AUGGCUCAUGCUGCCUCUCAGCUGAAGAAAAAUAAGGAUGUGGACAUAAAUGCACUUGAGGAUGAGAAAGAGAAGAAGAAGAAGGGCAGGAAGCAUUCCCGUGAGCAAAAGAAAAAGUCGGACAGCAAUGCCAGCUACCUGCGGGCAGCAAGGGCAGGCAACCUGGAGAAGGUCCUCGAUUACCUGAAGACUGGGGUUGAUAUCAACAUCUGUAAUCAGAAUGGACUUAACGCUCUCCACUUGGCCUCAAAAGAGGGACAUGUGGAGGUGGUGGCAGAACUUCUGAAACUGGGUGCAAAUGUAGAUGCAGCCACCAAGAAAGGAAACACAGCACUCCAUAUUGCAUCGCUUGCCGGCCAAACAGAGGUGGUGAGAGAGCUAGUGACCAAUGGAGCCAAUGUGAAUGCACAGAGCCAGAAUGGCUUCACUCCACUGUACAUGGCAGCCCAGGAGAAUCACCUGGAAGUGGUGCGUUUCCUCCUGGAACACAGCUCCAGCCAAAGCAUUGCCACAGAGGAUGGGUUUACGCCCCUGGCCGUGGCUCUUCAACAAGGGCAUGACCAGGUGGUCUCUUUGCUCUUGGAAAAUGACACCAAGGGUAAAGUGCGUCUGCCGGCCCUUCACAUCGCGGCCCGUAAGGAUGACACCAAGUCCGCUGCUCUGCUACUUCAAAACGAUCACAACGCAGAUGUGGAAUCCAAGAUGAUGGUGAAUAGAACAACGGAGAGUGGCUUCACACCUCUCCACAUCGCCGCUCACUAUGGCAACAUCAACGUCGCAACACUGCUGCUGAACAGGGGGGCGGCUGUGGACUUCAUGGCCAGGAAUGACAUCACUCCCCUGCAUGUGGCAGCUAAAAGAGGAAACGGAAACAUGGUGAAACUUUUGCUGGAUCGUGGAGCCAAAAUAGAUGCCAAGACCAAGGAUGGUCUGACGCCGUUGCACUGUGGGGCCAGGAGUGGUCAUGAAAAAGUCGUUGAGAUGCUGCUAGACAGAGGAGCACCCAUCCUGUCUAAGACCAAAAACGGUCUGUCUCCAUUGCAUAUGGCAACACAGGGUGAUCAUUUAAACUGUGUUCAGCUUCUCCUGCAACACGAUGUUCCUGUCGACGACAUCACCAACGAUUAUUUAACUGCUCUCCAUGUUGCUGCCCACUGUGGCCAUUACAAGGUCGCAAAGGUCAUUGUGGACAAGAAGGCCAAUCCCAAUGCAAAAGCACUGAACGGUUUCACCCCGCUUCACAUUGCGUGUAAGAAGAACCGUGCAAAAGUGAUGGAGCUGCUACUUAAACAUGGAGCCUCCAUACAAGCCGUGACUGAGUCCGGGCUUACGCCCAUCCAUGUGGCUGCCUUUAUGGGCCAUGAGAACAUUGUGAAGCAGCUCAUGCAUCACGGAGCUUCUCCCAACACCACCAAUGUGAGGGGUGAGACAGCAUUACAUAUGGCAGCCAGGGCAGGACAAGCUGAUGUGGUGAGAUACCUACUGCAGAAUGGAGCCAAGGUGGAGAUAAAAGCCAAGGAUGACCAGACAGCUCUGCACAUCUCCAGUCGCCUGGGGAAGGCAGAAAUCGUACAGCAGCUGCUGCAGCGAGGUGCGUCGGCCAACGCAGCCACCACGUCAGGCUACACCCCCCUGCACCUGGCUGCCAGAGAGGGCCAUCAGGAAGUGGCCUCUCUACUGCUGGAGCAAAGAGCUUCUCUCUCAGCUGCUACCAAGAAAGGGUUCACUCCUCUGCAUGUGGCAGCCAAAUAUGGUCAGAUUGAGGUGGCCAACCUACUACUGCAGAAAGGAGCUGCCCCUGAUGCAGCAGGAAAGACUGGGCUAACACCUUUGCAUGUGGCUGCUCACUACGAUAAUCAAAGAGUGGCGUUGCUGCUGCUGGACCAGGGAGCCUCUCCUCAUGCAGCUGCCAAGAAUGGGUAUACCCCUCUGCACAUAGCAGCCAAGAAGAACCAGUUGGACAUUGGGACGACACUGCUGGAGUACGGAGCAGAGACAAACGUAGUAACACGACAGGGCAUUAGUCCUCUUCAUCUAGCAGCACAGGAGGGCAGUGUGGACCUGGUGUCCUUACUUCUCACCAAGAACGCUAACGUUAACAUGGGCAAUAAAAGUGGUCUUACCCCACUGCACUUAGCUGCUCAGGAGGAUCGGGUAGGCGUGGCAGAGGUACUGCUCAACCAAGGGGCUGAUGUUCAUGCCCAAACAAAGAUGGGUUACACGCCCUUGCACGUGGCCUCUCACUAUGGAAAUGUUAAGAUGGCCAAUUUCCUCCUGGAAAACCAGGCAAAAGUCAAUGCCAAAACAAAGAAUGGGUACACCCCACUCCACCAGGCGGCACAGCAAGGCCACACCCACAUUAUUAAUCUUCUGCUGCAGUAUGGCGCCUCUGCUAAUGAGCUCACUGUGAAUGGGAAUACACCACUGUCUAUUGCCCGGCGGCUUGGCUAUAUAUCUGUAGUGGACACCCUAAGAGGAGUGACCGAUGAAAACCUUAAUGCCAUGCCACUGACGGAGAAACACAAGAUGAAUGUUCCAGAGACCAUGAACGAAUUUCUCGACAUGUCAGACGAUGAAGUGCAGAAAGACACUGAGCGUGAAGCACUCUGCCAGGAGUGCCAAUCUGAUGGUGAGGAAGGCGAGGAUGCUAUGACCGGGGACACAGACAAGUAUCUGCGGCCGCAAGACCUGAAGGAGCUUGGUGACGAUUCACUUCCGCAGGAGGGCUAUAUGGGAUUCAGUGUAGGAGCUCGAUCUGUAAGCCCCAGAAUCAGCCUGCGCUCCUUCAGUUCGGACAGGUCAAACACACUGAACCGGAGUUCAUUUGCAAGAGACAGCAUGAUGAUUGAGGAGAUCCUGGCACCCACCAAAGACACGCUCCAGAGUGUCUAUAAAGACAUCUCUUACAUGGCUGACCCACCAACUAAGCACUUGACAGUGACCCGAGACUACAACAAUGAGUGUUUAAGGCGUUACAGCUGGACCCCAGACACAGUGGACCAUUCUCACAACACUGUGUCCAGCCCUGUACACUCUGGCCUCUCUUCCCCGCUUCCUCAGUAUGAUUCCAGGUUCCUGGUCAGUUUCAUGGUGGAUGCUCGCGGUGGUUCCAUGAGGGGAAGCAGACAUGAUGGGAUGCGGAUCAUUAUCCCUCCCAGGAAGUGUCAGGCACCUACACGGAUCACCUGCCGACUGGCUAAGCGACAUCGCCUAGCUUACCCUCCACCUAUGGUGGAGGGUGAGGGUCUGGUCAGCAGACUGGUGGAGGUCGGGCCUGCUGGUGCCCAGUUUUUAGGGCCUGUAAUUGUGGAGAUCCCUCAUUUUGGCUCCAUGAGAGGGAAGGAAAGAGAGUUGAUUGUACUCAGGAGUGAUAAUGGGGACACGUGGAAAGAACAUCACUAUGACUGCCGAGCUGAAGAUCUCACUGCACUUCUCAAUGGCAUGGAUGAAGAACUGGACAGUCCUGCUGAGCUGGAGAAGAAGCGGAUCUGUCGUAUCAUCACCAGGGAUUUCCCGCAAUACUUUGCGGUAGUGUCACGGAUCAAGCAGGAGAGUGAUCACAUGGGUCCAGAAGGCGGAGUUCUGUCCAGUGAGACCGUUCCCAUGGUGCGGGCCUCCUUCCCUCAGGGAGCACUGACCAAGAAGAUCCGGGUUGGAUUGCAGGCUCAGCCAGUCCCAGAGGAGAUGGUUCGGACCAUUAUUGGUAAUCGAGCCUCUUUCAGCCCCAUUGUUACUGUUGAACCCCGAAGGAGGAAGUUUCACAAGCCCAUUACCAUGACGAUCCCAGUGCCCCCUCGGUCAAAGGAAGCUGCUGCUAACGGUCGCAAGGGUGAAUCCGCCCCCUGUCUCAGACUCCUCUGCAGUAUCACAGGUGGCACAUCUCCAGCUCAGUGGGAGGACAUUACAGGCACCACUCCACUGUCCUUUGUGACUGACUGUGUAUCUUUCACAACAAACGUAUCAGCCAGGUUUUGGUUGGCAGCUUGCCAGCAGAUUCCUGAAACGGUGAGCUUGGCAUCUCAGCUCUACCGAGAGCUGAUCUGUGUGCCAUAUCUGGCCAAGUUUGUGGUGUUUGCUAAAAUGAAUGACCCUGUGGAGUCUCGCCUGCGUUGCUUCUGUAUGACUGAUGACAAAGUAGACAAAACCCUGGAGCAACAGGAGAACUUUGAGGAAGUGGCCAGGAGCAAGGACAUUGAGGUCCUUGAGGGAAAGCCCAUUUAUGUGGAUUGUUAUGGCAACCUUUCCCCACUGACCAAAAGUAGCCAGCAGCUCAUAUUUAAUUUCUAUGCCUUCAAGGAGAAUCGACUCCCUUUCAAUGUGAAGAUCAGGGACGUGGGUCAAGAACCCUGUGGGCGUCUUUCGUUCCUAAAAGAGCCGAAGGCCACCAAAGGUCUUCCUCAGACAGCUAUCUGCAAUCUCAACAUCACACUGCCAAUUCACAGAAAGGAAAUGGAGUCGGAUCCCGAUGAUGAGAAUGAAAACAAAGAUCGACGUCAUACCUUUGCCUCUUUAGCUUUGCGUAAGCGCUACAGCUAUCUGACUGAUCCUGCAUCGAAAACUGCAGACCGAACCAAUACAACACAGAAAACAACGACGCAGCCUUCUGGCUACGCUUACAAACCUGUCUUUUCGACGAGAUCCUAUCAGGCCUGGUCAUCCUCCUCUCCUGUCACCGUUCCUGGUCAAGUCAAAUCCGGUUUCGGCUCCCUGUCCAGCUCCUCGUCCAACACCCCUUCUGCCUCACCACUAAAAUCAGUCUGGUCCAUCAACUCUGCCUCCCCUAUCAAGUCUGUCAUAGGAGGCUCACCAGCAUCUUCCAUCAAAUCUGCUAGUGAUGUAGCCUCGCCAAUCCGUUCAUACAGAACAAUUUCAUCCCCAAUAAAGACUGUAGUGCAACAGGCCCAGUACCCAGUCCAAGCCUCUCCUACUCUCCUCUCUUCCCCAGGGAAAACAAGUGAUCCCAUUUCUGUGAAAGGUCUGACAGCUCUCACAGCCAGAACCUCCCCAGUCCCUGCUGGAGGGUCCUUACUUGAGAGAUCCUCCAUUGCUAUGACACCACCAGCUUCACCUAAGUCCUCUCUUAACAUGUACAAUUCUAAUUUGCCAUAUAAAUCUGUCAUAAGCUCAAACCCUCCAGCCACUGCCUCUCCUAUUAAAACUGUACCUGGACUUUCCUCAGUUAGAUCCAAUGCCGAUGCAGCUAGCACCUCAAGAGGCCUGUUUUCCUCGCUUUCCUCACAGGUGAAAUCCAACACUGCUCCUAGUGCAGCAUCACUGAUUAACGGGACAGUGUCCCCCACCAAAUACCGCUCCUCCUCCCCCACAUCACUGCUCUCUAGUACCCUGCAGGAGAGAAUUCAAGCCACAACAAAUGCAGCCACGACCAGUGUCAAUGCUGCUUUUGAUGAAGUGGAAAAGACGUUCAACUCCUGCUCUGCAGGCUAUGGUACACUCAAGUCCAUGUCGUCCUCUCCCUCCUCCUCAUACCAGUCUAUCCGCUCUUCAGCGUCUAGCUCACUUUAUGCCUCUCUCAGAUCGCCUCCCAACUCAACCACCUCUGUAACCUCCAGCACUGUUACUGUGCCAGUGUACUCUGUCAUAAAUGUCUUACCAGAUCAGUUCAGGAAGCUUCCUGAAGUCUCCAAAUCAGCAGCUGCCCUCUUGUCCCCUAGAAAGAUGAUGGCCCCUGAGGCCAAUGCCCAAGGCCAGUCCUCUUUUGCUCGAACUCUGUCCCCUGUCAAAACUCCUCUGUUUAUGUCCCCUGCUGCCCUGAAACAAACCACUUCCUCCCCACUAUCAUCAAGCCAAGAAAUUUUAAAGGAUGUGGCAGAAAUGAAGGAGGACUUGAUAAGAAUGUCAGCCAUUUUACAGACUGACACAAGCUCAGCUGCCAAAGGUUUCCAGUCUGACUCUCCCAAAGAACCUAAAAUGGAGGAUGAAGAGCCUUACAGAAUUGUGGAGAAGGUCAAACAAGACCUAGUCAAAGUUAGUGAGAUACUAACAAAGGAUGUUCUGAAAGAAAGUAAGACCACCAUUAAAGACGGUAAAAUGGAAGAGAACUUGGGGGAGAGUGCAAAAGGUGAUACAGAUGAUAAUCAGCAAAAUGGUUGGAGAUGUCCCCCUCGAUAUGAAACUCUAAACCCACAAGCAAAAACAAAAACAAUACCUGACAGAGAUUUUAACUUAGCAAAAGUUGUGGACUACCUCACAAAUGACAUUGGCACAAGCUCUCUGACUAAAAUUGCAGAGGCAAAGCAUAGGAAUGAGGAGGCUAGGAGAGAGGUAGAAGAAAAACAGAAGCGUGUUUUAAAACCUGCUAUGGCGUUGCAAGAGCACAAGCUCAAAAUGCCCCCCUCCAAUAUCCGUCCUUCUCCAUCAGAAAAAGAACUGUGCAAACUUGCUGAUGCAUUGUUUGGCCCAGAUGCCAUUUUAGAAUCACCUGACGACAUUUCCCAUGACCAGGACAAGAGCCCACUCUCAGACAGUGGCUUUGAGACAAGAAGUGAGAGGACUCCUUCAGCCCCUCAGAGUGCAGAAGGUAUGGGACCUAAGGCCCUCUUCCAAGAGAUUCCUCCAGUCAUCACUGAGACGCGCACAGAGGUUGUUCAUGUUAUAAGGAGCUAUGAGCCUCCAGAGGAUGCCAAAGAACCUGUCACGGAGGAGGUGAGGGUUGUGAAACCCUCCUCUCGAUGUAUUGAUGCAGAGCCAAGAUCUGCGAGAGGCUCUAUCAAAGACAAAGUUAAAGCAUAUCAGGCUAAAGCCUCCCCAGAGGAGGACGUCAUGGGCAAAGGCAUGAGAGUUAAAGAGGAAACCCACAUAACAACUACUACCCGCAUGGUUUACCACAAGCCCCAAACUACAGAAACCAGCUCUGAGAGGAUUGAGGAAACCAUGUCAGUACGUGAUAUUAUGAAAGCCUUUCAGUCAGGAAGGGAUCCAUCCAGAGAGCUAACGGGUUUAUUUGAGCAUAAGGCAGGCAAUGAAGGACAGAAAGGAGAUGAUCUGUCACAGAGGCACAUGGAUAGAGAUCUAAACACAAUGCCCAAAGUUGAACGAAUCAUUGAGGUACACAUUGAGAAAGGUAAUAAGACUGAACCAACUGAAGUCAUCAUCAGAGAAACAAAAAAUCAGCCUGAAAAGGAAAUGUAUAUCUUUCAAGGCAACAGUGGCAUGAAAGAGCUUCAAAACAGAAUGGACAUGGAGGGAAUUAUACACCAAGAGGAAGAGGAACCUGAGGAAUCACUUCCUUGUUACUUGGAUUCAUCUAGAGUAAAUACACCUGUCUCUCAGGAGGAUGACAGUCGCCCUAGUUCUGCCCAGCUUAUAGCAGAUGACUCAUACAAGACUCUGAAACUGCUGAGUCAGCAUUCUGUUGAGUACCAUGAUGAUGAGUCAUCUGAAACAAGGGGAGAGUCCUACAAGUUUGCAGAGAAAAUGCUCCUCUCUGAUAAAUUAGACUCAUCUCACUCUGACUCAGAUGAAUCUGUGAUUGAUAGGUCACGCUACCAUAGUGAGGGAACACAAGGUCACUCAGUGCGAGAAUAUAUGUUGAAACCAUCAAGAGAAAUGUCUGACGCAACAGGGAGGUCUUCAAAUGCAGAUGAUAACUAUGACAAGCUAACGCUACUGCAAUAUGCAACAGAGCCGGGUAGUCCAAAGCAGUCAGUUUGGAUGCGUGUCACUGAAGACAGACAUGGGAGGAAUAGAGAAAAACUCAUAUAUGAGGACAGGGUAGACAGAACUGUCAAGGAGGCAGAGGAAAAACUAAGUGAGGUCUCGCAGUUCUUCCGUGACAAAACAGAGAAACUGAAUGAUGAGCUCCAAUCUCCUGAAAAGAAGUCACGUCGGUCAGACACAAGAGAAACUAGAUCAGGGCCCAGCUCAACCUGCAGUAGUCCAGAGAGAACGCUAUAUAGGACUGGAGGAACGGGGGAGGAGUGGAGCAGAGAUAGAUUCAGAGAUCGUUAUGGUUCAAAUGAUAGGAAAUGUGCCAGUCUGCCUAGCAGUCCAGAAAGAAGGGUUCUCCUUCAGUAUACUGAGGACAAACGGAAACAAGGGGAUGGCUCAUCCAUGAACAGUGCAAGUGAAUUUUCUAAACCUUUCCAACUUUCAACUUCCAGAGUAAGCUCAGUGAGAUUGAAAUUUGAACCAGAAACUCAAAAGCAUGAUAAUGUACAAACUUCAAACACCCCUGAUAGGAAAACACAGGACAGUAAGCUGCCAGUCUAUCAAGUUUUGGCUGAUGAAGAACGUAGCCCAAAGAAAGUUGUAGAUACUGAGGGUAAUACAACAACUGGACAAAGUUUCAAUGUCAGAAGGUCAUUUGUUCAAAAUCAACAGAGUGACAGUAAUAAACAUUGUCCAGAAAGUCCUUCCCCAAAACACUUGCAGAGUGUCUAUGGCAGGGAGCAAGACUCAGAUAAGGAAAGAAAAAUAUACAAGACCUGGGAAACACAUGGUAAUGGACAUCAAAAAGCUCAAAAUGCAAAACUAUCUCACACUUUGGUUCAAGAUACCUUAAAGGAAAGUAAAGAGAGAGAAUUGCAAAGAGACCCACAGUUAGUUAAAAAUGGAAUUACCACUAAAGAGGAAACAACAAAAAAAAUUAUUUAUACUGAGCUUGUGAUCCAUGAAGACCAAAACACCACAGAAAAAUGCAAUGGAACCCUAAAAAAAAACUCGGAAUCACAAAUUCCUGUUAGGGUAUCAUCUAGUUUCAUAGACCAUCAUCAAAGUAAUGUAUUAAAACUAGAUUCCUCAGUGAAAGUCUCUGAUAGAGUAGGGUCCCAUAAACCCGCUUUAGCUAGAAACAGGCUACACUGUACUUCUGAAUCAACCAAAUCAGCCAGUGAUGUAUCAACAGAAGGGAUAUCCGCGAGUUCUAGUAGCCAGAAAGGUGACAUAGUCUGCAAUGGUGUUGAUGACAACCAAGUUGAGUAUGUUGGGAGACUCACUCCUGACGUUGGUGCUGACAUUAAAACUCUGCCAGUUUAUGUUAGCAUUCAAGUGGGCAAGCAGUAUGAAAAGGAAACUGCCACUGGGCAACUAAGUACAUAUAAGAAGGUAGUUAGCCAUGAGAGCCGAACAGUGCAUGAAACGAGAGGAGCAUUUUAUACAGUAAAACAGAGACAACCAGCAUCUCCUCAGGGUAGCCCAGAAGAUGACACACUUGAGCAAGUCACCUUUAUGGACAGUUCUGGAAGGAGUCCUGUCACUCCUGAAACACCUAGCUCAGAGGAGGUUAGCUAUGACCUUAUUUCCAGAGCACCAGAUUCUGUCAUUGGCUUCAUGCCCAGCAUGCCCAGCCCAAUCCUAGAGGAAUCUGAGGAAGAUGAACAAACCAAGACCUUCAUUUUCAAGGAGUUGCCUGCAGAGAAAACCAAAACAAGCUCACAUUCAGACCCUCAAAAAGGAAACCAGGAAUCAGUUGGGAAACGAGCAAAAGACAAGAGAAUUGCUUAUAUUGAGUUUCCCCCGCCUCCACCUUUAGAGUCAGAACAGUCUGACCCUGAAAAGAAGGGUUCAUGUCCUUCAUCUGAGACUGAAACAGAGAUGAUGGAAGUGAACCUUCAAGAGGAACAUGACAGACAUCUCCUUGCAGAACCUGUUAUCCACAUCCAUCCCCCAUCCCCUCUCCCACCUGGAGCUAAUGACAGCGACUCCAGUGAUGAUGAAUCUGUCUUUCAGCCUAUACCUCUCAAGAAGUACACCUUCAAGAUGACAGAACAGGAUGAGAAACGCACCAAGCUAAGGAAACCAGAGAAGAACAGCUCCCAACACAAGGAAUCAAGUGUCAAUGGUGUGAUAAAAGGAGAAGACGUAGACUUAGAGCCAAAUGGUAAUGAUCAGUCAAUCACAGAUUGCUCCAUAGCAACAACAGCUGAGUUCUCCCAUGACACAGAUGCCACAGAGAUAGAUUCUCUUGAUGGAUAUGAUCUUCAAGAUGAGGAUGAUGGACUGAGUGACCCCAAAACGUCCAGCCUUUCGAAUAAUGGAAAGUCAGGGGAUCGCUCCUUCAGUCAGAGUAAACUUGAGGUUAUAGAGGAGGAGAGCCCAUCCAAUGAAGAUACGGGAGAUAAGCUAGGAGCUAAAAGUAAAUCGGACAAAAAAUCAGAGAAUGGGGAAGAUGGAGAUAAAAUCUACUCUUUGGAAGGAAGGCACCCUGACAGACAGGGUUUUGCAGACAACUAUUUUAGCUACCAGCUGGAGGAAGAGUUUAAAACCCCUUUUAAGACUGUUGCUACCAAAGGUUUGGAUUUUGACCCUUGGUCCAGUAAAGGGGAAGAAGAAAUUUUUGACACGAAAGAGAAAGAUGAAGACCCAAAGCCCUUUGGUCUGUCAGUAGAUGACAAAUCUCAAGCAACCACACCUGAUACUACACCAGCCAGAACCCCAACUGAUGAAAGCACCCCAACUAGCGAGCCUAACCCUUUUCCCUUCCAUGAGGGCAAGAUGUUUGAGAUGACCCGCAGUGGUGCUAUUGACAUGAGCAAACGGGAUUUUGUUGAAGAAAGACUUCAGUUUUUCCAGAUUGGUCCGCAAAGUCCCUGUGAAAGAACAGACCUACGCAUGGCCAUUGUGGCUGAUCACCUGGGACUUAGCUGGACAGAACUGGCUCGUGAGAUGAAUUUCUCAGUGGAUGAAAUCAACCAGAUCCGCAUGGAGAACCCCAACUCUCUGACUGCACAGAGCUUCAUGCUGCUCAAGAAGUGGGUCAGAAGAGAUGGGAAGAAUGCCACAACGGAUGCCUUAACUGCAGUGCUGACAAAAGUGAACCGGAUGGAUAUUGUGACACUGCUGGAAGGGCCGAUAUUUGACUAUGGUAACAUAUCAGGCACCAGAAGUUUUGCAGAUGAUAGCGCUGUGUACCAGGAUCAGGCGGAUGGUAAAGUUUAG